AUGGAUGCUUUGGAGGAAUUGACAACAGUUGAUAGAGGAGAAAGUUUUCCUUGUUUACGGGAAUUACACAUCAGUCAAUGUCCCAGGUUGACUGAAUUUCCUUAUCUUCCAUCACUUGGGAAAUUAAGCAUAGCAAACAGCAACGAGAUGCUAUUAAGGUCAGUGAUGGAUCUCACUUCACUUUCCUGGCUUCAAAUAGAUAAGUUUGAUGAGUUGGAGGUUCUUCCAGAUGGACUGCUUCAAAAUCACAAGGUUCUUGAGUCCCUAAGAAUUUGUGAACUAAACAAUCUCAAGACUCUGUCACAUCAGCUAGAUAAUCUUUCUGUUCUGAAAGAGUUGAAAAUUGAUCGUUGUGAUUCUCUCGAGUAUUUACCAGAUGGACUCAAAAACCUUAGAUCCCUUGAGACACUCGAGUUACGGGAUUGUGACAGCCUUACAUCCUUACCGGUGACAGGGUUACAAGGCUUGUCUUCCUUGAGAUCAUUGAGGAUAAAGUACUGUAAGAAACUAAGUUGUUUAUCUGAAGGAGUAAAACACCUGACUGCUCUCCAAUAUUUGCACAUAAUUGGAUGUCCAGAGAUGACGUAUUUGCCCGAAGACAUGCAACAUUUAAAUGCUCUCCGAGAGCUGAUAGUAUGGUCUUGUAAUGGAUUAGUUUCUCUACCGAAUUGGCUAGGAAGCCUCAUGUCGCUGUGGUCGUUGGUGUUUUGGGAUUGCCCCAACUUGAUCUCCUUGCCAGAUGGGAUGCAGUCACUCAAAAUACUGUUUAUUACAGAAUGUCCACAUUUGGAGAGGCGAUGCGAGAAAGAGAAAGGAGAGGACUGGCCAAAGAUAGCUCAUGUUCGUGAGAUUCGAAUCAAUGAUCGGGAAAUACAGUCCUUGAUCCCACACGACUAAAAAUGCAUCUGACGGGGCAACCUUGAUUGAUUCAUAUGGUUGUGGUAGCCAGCAGCAGCUUGUGGAGCAGGCAGAUAAAAAUAAACUUUAGAAGAGGUAGCUAGAGCAAGUUGGUGGCAGCAUAUAGAUGUCUAUGUAAAUCUCGUGGGGUUUUAUUUGGCCGGACUUACAGGACCUAUUGUCAUGGGUUUCAUUCUCCAUUUGGAUGGGAUAUUGGGAGGAUCUAUUGUAAAAUCAUCUCAUCUCAUAGCCCGUUUCAUAGAUUGUCAAAAGAAGGCAACCAAGCUACUUGAGGGUAGAUCUUCAUCAUGAAAUGCAUUGAUUGAUUGCUUGCUGCUUCUUCGUAAAUUUGUUGAAAAGUUGUUCAAAAAUGCUGUUGCAUCUGAUACAAUUGUGAAUCGAUCGAAUUUAUUCUAUAAGCAUGUCCAUUUCCAUUUGUAUUAACUAGUUGGUGCACACGUGCGUUGC